AGUGCUAGCUGUGCAAAGUGACUUCAUUAGCGGUAUUGGCGGCAUCCCUUUGAACUCCAUAGUGGGGGGAUUUACUACUAAUGCAUGCUUAAUAUGCUAAACGGGCUGUAUGUUUUGAACUCCUAGUAAUUAUGUUCUAUUUUUGUGUUUAUAUAUAUGUAUGCAAGCUGCAACCAAAUAAGUUUUCUCAUUUUCGUCUCUGGGGCCUAUACUAUCAACAUCCAAGCAUCAUAGCUUUUCAAAUUUAUCCAUGAUGAAUACAACGUUGAGCAGCGGAACAGAAGCAGUAUCGUAUUCUAAGUAUCCCCACAUUGGAUAUGCUUUAAUUUUCGUUAGCGUAUUGGGUUCUCUUGGAAAUGCCUUGGUAAUCUUCUCUAUAUUUCGUCAAAAGGUCUUGCUGGAAAACAACCAUCACUACCUCGUAUUACAUCUUGCAAUCUGUGAUCUAUUGAACCUACUCGGUAUUAUCGGACAUAGCUACAUAAAUUUAACCGGGAGACAUUGGAUAACUUCAGCUGUGCUUUGUAAGUUGUCUUUUCCUAUUGGGGCUUUUUUCUUAGCUGGAGUACUUUUUAUGGUCUUCAUGUCACUACUUCGCUAUCGCGCUGUUUUUUACCCAUUCCGACCUGGAGUAACUCGAUGGAAAUUACACUUAGCUUCUGCCACUGUAUACGCGUUGGGUGUUCUAUGUGAAAUUCCAGCCGUGUUUGUUUUGGAUUUCAUACCGCCUGAUAAAUGCUUCGAAGCAUGGCCAUCCGAAACGUGGGACAUUUCUCACACAGUCUCUAGUUCAUCAGUUCAGUUCUUUAUCCCAGUCGUGGUUCUUGGAAUGAUAUAUUGGAAAAUUUGCAGGGAACUUAUCAAACAGAGUCAAAAGAUAAAAUCCAUGGCUGCAUCUGUCGAGGAGGAAACAGAACGUUGGUUGUUUCAAAGACUGGCUCAUCAUAGAAACGCUCGAACCUUUGUGAUAAGUUUUGUCAUCUUUCUUUGUUUUUUUGUGGCUGGAUCUCCUCAGCAGAUUGCGUAUAUCCUUUACGUUUUUGGUGUGGUGGAUCUGAAUGGUACCUAUUAUGAUUGGUUUACUGUCGUAUACUUCUUGGGAGUGUCAGCCAUCAACCCAUUUAUCUAUGGAGCUUUAGAUAAAAAGUUGUUUUCGAGUUUUAAACUGUUCUGGAGAAAAAAAAGAUCGAUGGUUAUAUAAUAUUUUGAACAGCUGAUGGAGAAGCAGGCUUUGCCAGUUUGGACAGUUUGGAAUCAUGUAAGAUAACAGGAAAAACAGUUUUCUAUAGCCAUGCAAUGCGAAGAAACUAAAAACUAUAGCAUGUUGCUCUAAUUUUAAAUGAUGAGCAGGAUAUAUAUAAUAUUGUUGUAUUUUGUUGCUACAGUGUUUGG